AUGCGGGUCCAAGAUUUUGUUUUCAUCGCCGUGUUUUUGUGGCCUGUUGUUGUCGGAUCGGCUCACUUAGACCGAAGAACGACGCAGCUCCUCGACUUUGAGGACCUUGAAAUCCCCCCUACAGGUGUCGUCACUCCCAUUACGAUCUACAAAGGCAUUCAGUUCACCUCCAUCUCCGCAGGAGCGCUGGGCGUCGCAAACAUCACUUUCCUGGGUAUCAAGCCCAAAACCCCACCGCAAGUCGCCUCAACAGCGUUCCGCAGCACGCUGCCCGAUCUUAAACCCGCAUCUGUGACGGUUGACUACCCAGAUUCACCUUACAAGUCGAUCGAACUAGUCUCCCUCUACCUUCAUUGCGUAGCCGCACUAGGCACCGGUCUCUUCUCAGCGCUGGUCAAAUGUAAGAUCAACUUCGAGUGUUUCGGCUCAGAUGGCAAGCUCAAAGCCGAAAAGGAGGUCGAGUAUGAACCGGACACGCCGCUCCUCAUCCCUGUUGAGGAGCAGAAGAAAGUCAACUUUGAAUCCAAAUUUGUGGGUUGCAAGGAUAUCAAGUUCGCACUGGUGAGCAGUCAGCUUCCUCUAGGAAGUGUUUUAACGGCGAUCGCGACGGAUAGUUGGACUGUGGUUUUGCGUCCACGCGAUGCUCAGUCUUGA